GCAAGGGGAGGAGUUCGUUUCAUGGCGCUUCGCUGGCAGCGGUUUUCGAAAGCUGUCAAUCAACUGCUAAGCUGUGCCAGGUGCCAUAAGAACAUCGCCGAGGGCCCGAGUUACAAUGCUGCGUCGCAAGCCGACCCGCCUGGAGCUGAAGCUCGAUGACAUUGAUGAGUUUGAAAGUGUCAGGAAGGAGCUUGAGAGCCGAAAAAAACAGCGAGACGAGGUGGACGUUGUGGGUGUGGCAACAGCAGGUGAAAUGGGAGGGGCCACAGGUGGAGGCAGCGAUGCGAAAACUCGAGAGCAGAUGAUCAAUGAGCGCAUUGGUUACAAACCACACCCAAAGCCAAACACCUUGCCGUCGCUCUUCGGAAAUCUGCAGUUUUAGGUGCUUUAUGGACAGCGUUGAACAGCAGCAGCCUUUCCCUUUCUUUGGGCACAUAGCCUGGACUCUUCUGUUCUAUUGCCAACAAAACAAGCAGGAUGUGGGAGCAGCGCUGGGGUGGUAUUUGAAUGUCAACUUCCUCUGUUUUAAUCCUGUUUUUCUUGUCAGUGUGAGUAGUUAGAAUUGACCAAGAGUCUGGGUGUUCUGGAUUGUCACAAAACCCAGCAAUGCACAGUGAAUGUACAUAUGUCAGACUUUCAUGUUUUUAAAUUAUUAAAACAAA